GAUCGUACACCGUUCAGGGCAGGCUGGCAGGCAGACCGAACCGAACGGCUGGAAACAAACAAGCUUUGGCUUCGCGGCAAACACCACGUUCGAAACCGCGUACCGGGGUUUCCGUCGUUUUGCGUGCGUCCGUGCGUGCGUGCGUACAAGGCAAGAUUCGCGAGUGCGAACGUGUUACAGAGUGUGGAAGACGCGAGCAAGAAAAGAAAAAGUUCAAACCGGCUACCACUACGCCGGGUGGGAGAACAAAAGACGACGACGACGACGACGGUUUUGUGGUUUUUCUCCAUCGUGCUUUUAGUCUGCAGCACCUACUAUUCUACUUCAUCAGCAACAUUCUCCACCAUCCCAGCAAGAAAUCAAUAGUUUGUGCAAAAAAAAAGAAACCGGGUCAGUGCUUACAGGCCUUCGGUAGUAGGGCAGUGUUUAAUCAACAACAGCACGGGAAAGGGAGAAAUUCCCAUUAGAAUGUGCGAGAACCGCCGGGUUCUUCGGGGUUGUGUUGCGGGCUCUAGUAUGUUGAAUGUUUAAUAGCAAAAAAAAGCAAAGCAAAGCAGAGUGGCCAUCGAUAUGGAGCGUGGUGCAAAUGGCAAAUCGGGCAAAUGAUUGCAAGAAUACACCGGCCGUCCGGCAAAUCUGCAACAUACGCCCGCCCGGUGUGGCAAGAGGUAGUGCAAACGCGGCGUAUUGAUUCAGCGUUUAUCUAGCAGCAAGAAAAUAGGGGCUUGGCUUUAGAAGAAGUGGCCGUGGUCCUUCACCGGUUUCGAUCCGGUGCUUUGUUUUUCCUGGUGCUAGUUGUUCCUGUUCUUUUGCCGGUAUCGUCGGUUUCGUCCGUGCGUAGUGAAGCGUCCAGCAAACAGGUACUGCCAAGUCAGGAAGUGAUUAUAGCCGAACGACUAAACGGGCUUGGCAGUAGCGCCGGCAGAAACAAAACAGCCGUUUUUGAUGACCGGCAUCGACACACGGCGAGGCCUCACAGUACAAAUGAAGUGCUAAUCGGCUAUCAGACUGCGAGCGAGGCAAGCCCACUCUGAUAAGACUUCGAUUGAUUCUCAGGUACGGACUUUAUAUGCGUACACAGUGGUGAUUUAUGGCUGAGAGUGUGUAAAUAUUUGGCUGGUGCAGAAAGAUUAAGUUGUUGAUGUUGAGGAUAAUUGCAGCCAUUCCGUGAUGAUGAACAGAGCCGAAGGUCCAAGAAAUUAACAAACAAUUGGCGCCAGAAGGAGCUUUUAUUCUUACGCACAAAAACAGAUAUCACCCCCCCCCCCCCUCCCCCGCCUAAAGGACAUAUUGGAAUGAUCAAACGAUUAGCUAAUGUCAAUGCACUCAGCAAAUUGCAUUCGUAUCCAGAUACGGGCACGAGCCAUUUGCUAUGGCCAGCAGAGUACCACACGCGAACGAAAUGUCUCCAACGGUACAAACAGAAGCGGACAUCGAGUUGGCAGUAGCGGUGAAAGUAGCUGAAGAAGAGACGGACGAACCCGGAUCGCCGGAAGAUCGCAAGCAAGAUCGUAAGCUGCCGGGUUCUUCCUGCCCGUUAUCGCACGGUCCCGAUAGCAACGUUACGAUAGUCAUCGAUGCGGAAUGUCCCAAUGUUGCCAACGAUAGUCGAACGGAGAACAGCAGCAGCAGCAUCAGCAGCAGCAGCAACCGCAACAACAACAGUGCUAGUAUGAAAUGUCUCAAUUUUUCCGCAUCGUCGUCCCCAUCAGUCAAGGGUUGCAUUACGCCGACGAACGCCGUGCCGGGAACGCCGGACUGUGGUCAAGGGCCGCCGCCAUCCACAUUAGAUAGUGCAAAGUGUAAUCAAUUCGUCAAUCAUAGCUUUAGCUGCAGGGCGAUGGGUACCAGCGGUUCCGUGGUGGUCAGCGAAGGAGCGGCGCCGCACCCGGAGCGGAUGGAACUGGCCCGGGGCUUUGCGGAUGUGGUCCGUGUGUCAACGAGCGUCCCACAGCCCGUAACCAUCCCCGGGAUGGGCCGGGAGCCGGGCACGAUGACAGGUACUAGCUUCCACUACGCGACAGCAGCGGCCGUGGCGGCUGUAGCGAUGACGGCGGCCGCAGCAGCGGCAGCUGCCGUUUCCUCCAGCAGUAAACCAUCCCACUGUAGUUCCGCAUCCGGUGACGGUAUCCCUUUGCCAGCACCACCCACCGGUGAACCAAUGGCGCCUGGCAACCCUGUCGGUGCUCCCGUGCAAUACCAUCCCACGAUAACCAUCAGCGACCAUAACGUUGACGCAGCUACAACUAACCCUAACCGUACUAACCCAACCGUGCAUGAACGCGAGGAUGAGGAUCCCACUACCACCAAACCCUGUGAUAAAGACCACCACCACCAUCAUCACCAUUCUAACCCAACUACCGUUGUAAUGCCUUUCGUGUCCACUAACGUGCCGCUCGAUGCAGAUCGAUGCGACGAAACGACCAGCGUCCCAUCAUCCGUCGGCAACCACUACCAUCAUCCCUUCGUAACCACCACUACUACUACCGCAACCGGUGCUACCAUUUCCAACGCCAUGCCCAUCACUAACUCGACGGUGCCGGGAAGAUGCAGCAAACCGCCGCUCCACAGCUACCAGCAGCACUAUCAAAGCUACCACCAUCACCAGCAGCAGCACCACGGUGGCCAGCAGUUUUCCACCGACCAUGGGGCGGCUGCCGGUGUUGGUGUUGGCGGGUGCGGUGCAGGGCCGAUGGUAGCGGGCGGUGGAACGUAUCGGUCGCACAGUGCCCGCUUUAUGACGCAGCACAUUAAAAUCCUUCCCAAAACUCAAUCCCUCGAUUUGGCAGAUAAUGACGACAUGCUGGAAGCGUCCAAUCGGUCCGAAUCGCAGCUCGAGAUUAGUGCCGCCGGUAUCGUGCCGCCCGGGCUGAAAGGGCGCGUGCUGCCCAAGCUGCAGCCGCUCGACCAAACGAGCCGGCCGAUCUAUCCGAACGUGCCGUACAGCCCGUACAACAGCCCGUACGGUAGUCCACGGAGCGGCCGGCGCCGAACGCCGUUGCGCGAGUCGAGGCGCGUUUCGAUCGAGCAGUCGGGCAGCUUUCUGCAGCUGAACCAGUACAAACUGUUGGACCAGAUCGGGCAGGGUUCGUACGGUUUGGUAAAGUUGGCGUACUCGGAAGAAGACUCCACACACUACGCGAUGAAAAUCUUGUCCAAGCGAAAGCUGCUCCGGAAGGCGGGCCUGAUGCGCCGUGGGCCGAAGCGUGGUACGUCACCACUGGACCGGGUGUACCGUGAGAUUGCCGUGCUGAAGAAGCUGGACCAUCCGAACGUGGUGAAGCUGGUGGAAGUGCUGGACGAUCCGCUGGAGGAUUCGCUCUAUCUAGUCUUCGAGUUGGUGCAACAGGGCGAGGUGUUGAGCAUACCGACCGACACACCCCUGAGCGAGGAACGUGCCUGGAAUGUGUUCCGCGACGUGCUGCUGGGCGUCGAAUAUCUUCACUAUCAGCGCAUCAUCCACGGAGACCUGAAACCGGCCAACUUGCUGCUAUCCGAUUCGGGCAGCGUAAAGGUAGCCGACCUUGGUGUUUGCAACGAAUUUCUCGGUGAGGAUGCUGCCAUGAACAAUGGGUCAACGGCAGGGACACCAGCCUUCCGGGCGCCCGAAACCCUGCUACCCGGGCAACACUUCUACAAUGGUAAAGCGGCCGACAUUUGGGCGCUUGGGGCCACACUGUUCUCGCUGGUGCACGGCAACGUCCCAUUUAUUGCGACCUCGGUUCCCGGUGUGUACGAGAAGAUUAAAAACGACCCACUGGAGUAUCCGGCGACCAGCAGCAUCAGCGAGAAGCUGCGUGAUCUUAUAAGCCGGAUGCUGGACAAGGAUCCACAGCAGCGCAUCACGCUGCCCCAGAUCAAGGAACAUGCCUGGCUUACCAAGCACGGUACGGUGCAGCUACCGAGCGAGGAAGAAAACUGUCGGCUGGUGCAGAUCAACGACGAGGAUAUGAACAGUGUGGUCAAGAGCAUACCGAAGCUGGACACGCUCAUACUCAUCAAGACGAUGCUGAAGAAGCACUCGUUCCAGAAUCCAUUCACCAAAGGCAUAUCGGGCCGGGCACCGCAGGCAGGUGGAUCGCGGCUAGAGCGCUUCUGUCGCUCGGGACGUUCCAACUCGGCGCCCGGGGAUUAUCACACCUCCGAACGCCAACCUUCCAAUGAAUCGCUGCUUCCGUCAGUCACGGAAGGUGUGACGAGUCCGCUGGGCAGCCCACCGGAUCCGACGACCACCGGCAGCAUCGUCUCCGAGCUGGACAGUCUCACGCUCCGGUCGGACAUGUCCUACCCAUCGUCCAGCACCGAGAACGAUACGACUACCACUACGCUGCGCCAACCGCAACAGCCGACGAGGGCGUCCGCAUCAUCCGCACGAUGAUAAGCGCGAAACACACAGAGAGAGAAAGGGAGACAGCGUCGCAUUUAUUAGUGAUGCCAAACACUCAAAGUAGUAGAAGGCAUUGUAACACACAAAGUGUAUAAAGACAAGGUGGUCUCAUCGCUUGUAAAUUGACAACUAAUCAAGUGAAAAAGCAAAUUUUUGAAUUUUAACAGGACGUGUGAAGGAUGGUUGAUAAACACACAUCUAGCAGGCGUCGAUCUAUUUGAAUUUGGCAUAAAAAAACACAGGCUAUGUGCCCACCUGGUCUCUAUACACAUUGGUAACACACAGCGCCACACAAAUCGAAAUGUUGUCAGCUAGUGAAUCAAAACACUGUCAAUUUGACAACUACUUAACGCAGGGGAUAGGCGUGGAACACUUGGACGGGUGGUUAUAAACCAUUUUCUAAGCAAAACACAAUUAUUAUUGGGCCAAAAGUAGCGAACAAAAAAAAAUCGAGAUAAGAAUAGAUUGUUUUGGCACAAAAAAAAAAUCGGAACGCCACAGGCGUGCACAAAGAAGGGAACAACAAACGAACGAUUGGAGCUAGUAAUACAUGAGCUGUAUAAAACACAUCGUGCAAUAGGCGAAACCCCCUCAAGGAGAAAACACAGAAAGGGUGGGGGUUAGGCUUUUUAGUGAGGGACGCGACCGGGGUUUGGGAUAGUUAAUUACUUUUAAGAUCCAGUUUUAUAGUAUACACUACACUACUACACAACGUUUCUAUUCGCUGUAAACAGCACAAGUCAUCAGAGUUACGAUAAUUAUUCUACCUUCUUGCUUCCUUCAGCAAAUGCUCCUGACGAGCCGGUACGUUGAUAGCAGUUUUCCUCCGAUGAUAUUGUUAGCGUGGGUUAACGCAGAGAUGUGUUUAGCAUUGUUUUUAACACUCUACUCUACUGUUUGCUAAUAUAAUAUAUGUCACUGAAAGCAUUUGAAGACGGGCUCCACGGAGGACGGGGAGCCAGGUGUCUGACAUUCAGAAUUAAAUACGCUUUAAUAAUACGGUAAGACAGACGUUCCAGCUUAUCACUGAGAUGGCACGGUGCGACCGCGUCUGCAGUUGAAAGUGGGAUGUUUUAUUAAAAUAGUAAAAAUCGUAACGGGCGGAAAAAAAGCGCACACACGCACCCAUGACACCAAAAUCUGUGUGCGGUAGCGAAUUUAAUCACACCUUGGAAGCUACACCUUGAGUUUGGCAUGAUAGAUCUGACCAAUGCAUUACACACGGUAGCGGAUGAUAGUUAAGCGAAUAGAGCGUAUUUUAAUUACAACAAUUCGAGACGAGUUUCCUCCAAAGAAACGGGUUUUAGUGUUAGAUACUUUAGAUUCCGUUUUUAUUUUUGUGCGUGUAUGUGUGGUUAUUAGAUGCGUUAAUCGGGGUGAUGAUCAUCGGUCGCUAAGCACACGGUUCAGUUAGCAAGAUCUGACUGGCGUCGUGCGUCCAGAGCAAUACACUAUUAGCAAACUAGCGGGUUGAAGCGAAUAAUAGGGUAAGCCAUUUUAAAGCACAAAAAGUCAACCUUAGCAGCCGCCACCAUCACUAGAGUGUGGCGUCUCUUUUCCGAUACUCGAUCGCUCCGAUACUUGCUCCGAAUUUUUCCCAUUUUCUGUCUCAGUAGACUGCCCGUUUCGGCAGCAGUAGCACUGUUAUACUCUCUUUCUCUCUUUGAUCGAUUCGUGCUGUGCUUCUUCUUCGAGGCAAGGUAUGUAUGUACCUAGGGUUACAGAACCACAAUAACCAUUCCCGGAAAGUGAUUACAAUACAACGAGAACCGUUUGUGCGAUUCAUUUUUUUUUUCUAACUCAGCAAAAGUUUAGAUUAAACAUAGGGUUUGAGAACCCCGCGGUGGAAAUUGGAACCAGAUUUUUUUUUAGAAACCCAUUGUUGAUGUAUCGAACACCGCGCCAGGGCGGCAACGAGCAGUUUAGUGCAAACGAAAUGCAAUUUUGCAUUUUAGUGAAAACUAGAGUCAGUGUACCUUUCUGGCAAGGGAGGGGAAAAAAACGGCUGAAGCGUGGCAGUAAUUUGUUUGGUACAAUUUUAUCGCUGCCCACCACGAUGGCUCACCCAACCCAGCUUGUUGGUCGGGCUAGUAGUUGAUUUGUGAAAAAAAAAAAACAAACAAGCAAGCAAGGAAACAUUAAACCGCAAUAGCAAUUGUUUGUACUAGCAACGGCAAUGGAAGAAGAAAAAGAAAACCAUUAAAACGUAAUAAAAAAAUCCUUUUGGUCCGUUUUUCUCAUUCGUCAACAUGCAAUGCUGUUAAGGAUAAAUAAUAAGCGAUUGGAGGUGGAAGGCGGGGUAGAGUUGCCAAUUUUAUAUCGCUCGUUUAAACAACUCUUCUACUACUACUACCACUAAAUACUAUUGAAGCAUAUCAUUAACACGAGCUACACACGCACGCAUAUGCAAAAACGUGGUGAAAAAAAUUAAGAAGAAAGACAGGCUUUUCACGCGAUAGUCGAAUAAGUCGAUAAGACCUUUACAAAGGAAAAGCUCACGGCGUAGCGAGUGGAUCGGUAAUAAUCCGACUGGUGAUAAAGCAUGCAAUGCAGUAAUAAUAUAACAUUAACAACACUUUAACACACAUACAUCCACAUACAUACAGUGUAUUAAACAGAAAUCAGGACACUUUCUAAUGGAACGUUUGGUGGAUUUUGAAAAGGAUUUGAAUACCCUACUGUAAGACUAUCAGGCUUAUUUUUUUACUUCUCUUUCAACACCUUUCUACUAAUAAUUAACACAAGAAAACGGAAAAGAAAUAGUUUAGCAAAAGAACCGAAUAGGCCGAAAUGAACAAAAUAAUAUCUAAGAACUACGACUUUCGUUGGGCUAGCCCAGAAAAUGAUUGCGUUAUUGAUUUAAAAAAUCGGCAAAUGUACAGUGACAGACAACAGAGUAAGACCAUUUCGAUUUUCAAGAUAUAAACAUACCCAAAUUUGGAAGAAGCAACAACUGCCUCUUAAUUUUUCGUUCAAUUUGUUAUAAUUAAUUUUGAAAAAAAAAUUACAAUAAAAAAUCUAUCUUUUCCAAUAACAAAGCUGAGCUGUGGAAACGUUUAAAAACAGAAACAGGAUAUGGUCCAAACGAAAAAAUCUAUCUAUAAAUUUGAUAAUUUUUAACAUCAACUUGAGAGUGAUUAAAAACGUGCUCAGAAUAGAUUUGUAAACUGAUCCGAUUAUAUGAUCAUUUUUUCCAAAAUCUUAUACAAGAUUUAAAUUUAUAAAUUUAUUUAAAAUCAGCAUUGUAAUCUCCAUUUUUGAGAUUAAAAAAAAAUCCAGUCUCAUUCAACUGACCGUCACUGUAUUUACUAUCCAAUUACAACAUGCAGAAUAAUCACGGCAUGUGUCCCAGAUUUUCCUAGGAUGGAUUCAAGAUGAUCACCGGUAGUAGAUGCGAUAGCGGCGCCGGUCUUCACACGGCUGGACCGGGGCACAAAUCUCAUCCGGACCGUUCCCCCGUAGUCAGGGCUGACUAUCCAACUGUGUGGUAUCAUUAAGUCUAGCAAGCCGGAAAUGGCAGGCAUGACCUUUAGGGGUCGUUAGGCCAAGAAGAGAGAGAGAGAGAGAGAGAGAGAGAGAGAGAGAGAGAGCUCAAGCUUCUUCUAGCAUGAAUUCAAAAUAAUCCUAGUUAAACGCAACAGAAAUCCUCGAUUUCUCCACGCUGUCCUUAUUAAAGAUUAGAUUUUAGAUGAUUAAAAAUAGAGUUUUGAAGUUCCUUGAGCUACUAACAUCCAGCGUUGGAUAGGACGUCAUUAGCAACUUUUCUAAACAUUUGCUUCGAUAUGCCAAUUACUCUUCUUCUUAAAAAGCAUAAGUGCUUCUUCUUCUUUCUUUGGCCUAAUGACCUCAAAAGUCAUGCAUGCCAUUUCUGGUUUACUACACUUAUUGAUACCGCAUAGUUGGAUUGUUAGACCUCACUAUGGAGGGAACGGUCCUGUUGGGAUUUGAACCCCCCGUUCUGCCGUGUGAAGACCAGCGCCGCUCGAUCACCGGACUACCCCAUUAUGAGUAUCUAGCCCUGGGUCAAGAAAAUCAUUCUCAAAGUCAAAGCAAUUAUUAAAUUUCAAGGUGUCCGUGAUUCUGUUUGACCCACUGUACACACACACACAGAAAAAAAAAUGAUAAAAUAUCUACAAGAGUUCGGCAAACGACCGGGCACUCGAUAAAAUUUUUAUAAAAAAAUCUUUUCCUCACACACACACAUUUAAUGGCACAAAAAGCAAAAGACACAAACACAAAAAAAAAACAUGCCAAAACAGAACUACAGUACUAUUAGCGCCACAAAUUGAGCGCACACCGUACAAGACAAGUUACAGUUAAACUAUUUAUAUCGCCACCUUGUCUCUCGUCGUUUCUUGUAGAUGUAUAUGGCGUGGCGUGGCGGCCGCGCGCUUCGGACGCGCAAACAAUUUUACCAAGCUACUAGUUGACAUUCGUUAAACGCUUUUGACAAUUUCUACCUUUACAUACUCCCAAACACAGCACAAGAAGAAAAAAAACACUUUUAUAUACUACUACUGCACCUAAUAACUCUAAACGUAUUGUUCGCACGGCUCAAGCUACAACAAGGCGCACACUUUGAAAAGUCUAUUUUUCCACCUUUACUCAGAGAUUUAAGGCUAGCGGUUAAGUGGAUGGCAGGAGCUCCUCGUGCUAGGUGCGUCAGUUUAAUGAUGAUGAUGAUGAUGAUGAAGUACAUAGCAAUAGCAUAACCCCUGAACAGGUGGUAGCAGCAGCAGCGUUUUCCAUGUCCUUGCAACGUAGAUUUGGCCAGCUGUGUGCGAUGCCCCGUUUUCUUAUGCGUUGUAACCAGACAAUCACGUCGAGGAUUACGGUUUUAUGACGGUCAUUUCAGUUUACAAAAUUAUUUCCUUUUUUUCUAAACAAAACAAGCAAUGUUUCGUUUCGGUUUUAGUGUCCGUUUUUAUCAAACAAGCAAUUGGCAAGUUGGUGCGCAGACUUAUGAAAAGGGGUGAGCGGCCAAGAGCCAGGAGACAGUAAAGCGAGCGAUCAACAAGUCCUAGUCACAUGGCGUACUCACGCCAUUUUUUUUUUUGAAUAUAUCCAUUGGCAAACCAUGGACACUUCUUCCUAUUUUUUGUUUAAUGUGGGACGAUAAUUUCCCAUCCCACAGCCCGCCCGCUUUAAUGCCAAUUAGCCAGGAGGAGGAGGAGGAGGAGGACGAGGAGACGGAGAAGGAGGAGCAGAAACAAGAGAAAAGGAAAACUGAUGAUAAAUUUACAAUUUAAAAUCGCUCUCGCGCGUAGAACCUACAACGGGGGGGGGAAAAAAGAAAGCAGAACCAACUUCCCUUAUUCCUAGCUAAGUACUAAAAAAAGAAAACAAACAAAAAGAGAUAUACAAUCGAUCAUGCAUCAGAAAAUGAUAUAUACAGAUAUUAGAUUCUACAAAGCCUGACAUGUGUUAAGAUUGAUCCAAAUAAAAAUCAUUCGUUUUUUUUCUAUUUUAAA